AUGGGAGUUUGGUUUUAUAUCAUCCUCUGUCGCUGUCCUUUUCAUUCUUACUUACUCACACAUCACACUCUAUCUCACUCUUUUUUUCUCUCUCUCUCUCUCGCUCUUUCUCUCUCUUUCUUCUUCUUCUCCCCCCUCACCUCCUCCUCCUCUGCCUUCUUCUUCUUCCCUGAUUCUUUUUUCUUCAUCUUCCCUUCCUCCUCCUCCUUCUUCUUCUCCCUCUCCUUUCCCUCCUUCUUCUUCUUCUUCUCCCUCUCCUUUCCCUCUUUCUUCUUCUUCUUCUCCCCCUUCUUCCUUCCUCCUCCCUUCCUCCUCCUCCUUCUUCUUUUUCUUCUUCUUAGUUUCCUCCUCCUCCCUUCCUCCUUCUCCUUCUUCUUCUCCCUCUCAUUCCCCUCCUUCUUCUCCUCCUCCUCCUACCUUCCUUCUCCACCUUCUUCUUUUUCUCUUCUUUGUUUCCUCCUCCUCCCUUCUUCCUCCUUCUUCUUCUUCUUCUUCUUCUCUCUCCUUCCCCUCCUCUUCUUUCUCCUCCUCCUCCUUCUUCUUAUUCUUCUUUCUCCUCCUCCUUCUUCUUUCUCCUCCUUCUUUCUCCUCCUUCUUCUUCUUCUUCUUCUUUCUCCUCCUCCUUCUUCUUCUUCUUCUUCUUUUUCUCCUCCUCCUCCUCCUCCUCCUCCUCCUCCUUCUUCUUCUUCUUCUUUCUCCUCCUCCGCCUUCUUCUUCUUCUUCUUCUUCUUCUUCUUCUUCUUUCUCCUCCUCCUCCUUCUUCUUCUUCUUCUUCUUCUUCUUCUUCUUCUUCUUCUUCUUUCUCUGUACUGCUAUUAUUUUCUUUCUCUUAAUUCCUGCUUACUUCUUCUUAAUUACCGUCAUUACUUAUUUCUUCUCCUCUAA